UCAACAGCUUUUGGUAUAAACUACAGGGCAAAGUGCCUAUAACGCAAUUCGGAGUAGCUUCAGAACAUUUUUUUUUUUGGGUAGAAGUAGCGUCAGAACUCGAUCACCACAAUCUACAAGGCUUGCAGUUACGGGAGCAGGAGCAGAUCAGCAGGCAGAGAGGAGACAUGUCUCAGUCAAUUUUCUGCAUAAACCCUCCCAAAACCUUCAAUAAGAGAACUUCACUAUUGCCGUCCUCUGCAUUCCCUUCUUCUUCUUCUUCUCCGUCUUCUCUAUCUACGAGAAUGCCAACGAAAUACCCUAUGUAUCCACUUGAAAUUGUCUCGUACCAACAGCCACCGUCUCUCGAAAUCCUCACCAGAGGAGGCUCUCGUGACGAGGUACUUAACUCCAUUCGGAGAGCCUUGCCUAACUGUCUCUCCGAAACCCACCUUCAUGAAACCGUUCCUGGUCUCAAAUCCAAGACCAGAGGCAAGGUGAGGGAUGUCUAUGAUGCUGGGGAUUAUCUCGUACUGGUCACUACCGAUCGGCAGAGUGCUUUUGACAGAAUUCUUGCUUCUAUUCCCUUUAAAGGCGAGGUUCUCAAUCAGACGAGUCUGUGGUGGUUUGACAGGACUCAGCACAUCACUCCAAAUGCGGUGGUGUCUGCUCCUGAUAAAAAUGUUACAAUUGCAAAGAAAUGCUGUGUCUUUCCGGUUGAGUUUGUUGUUAGAGGUUAUAUAACCGGAAGCACCGAUACAUCACUAUGGACAGUAUACAACAAGGGUGUUAGGCAAUAUUGUGGCAAUGUACUACAUGAUGGGAUGGUGAAAAACCAAAAGCUACCUGCAACUAUACUCACACCAACUACUAAGGCCUCGUCUCAUGAUAUUCCUGUAACUCCUAGUGAGAUAAUUAAACUAGGUCUCAUGACGCAAGCUGAAUAUGAUGAAGCAAGUAGGAAAGCAUUAAGCUUAUUUGAAUAUGGACAGCGUGUAGCUAUGGAACAUGGCCUGCUAUUAGUAGAUACAAAGUAUGAAUUUGGAAAGGCACAUGAUGGUACCAUUCUUUUAAUUGAUGAGGUGCAUACCCCUGAUUCAAGCAGAUAUUGGAUUGCACAAUCAUAUGAGGAGCGCUUUCAAAAUGGGCUUGAACCACAAAAUGUUGACAAGGAAUUCUUAAGGUUGUGGUUUAAAGAACAUUGUAAUCCAUAUGAGGAUGAGGUUCUCCCUGAUGCCCCUGAAGAACUUGUUUGUGAACUUGCUUGGCGAUAUCUUUUGUUGUUUGAGACAAUCACGAACUCAAGAUUUGAGCCGCCGCAAGAAGUGGAGCCAAUACAUGACCGGAUAUCUCGGAAUGUCUCUCUGGCACUGUCAUCACUACAGCAAUGAACAUGCGAGCCAUUAACAGUUGUACCAGAUUCCCAUGCAGAGCCCCUCAGUUUUGCCUGAGUUCCAAUCUGGAAUUGCUGGAACUUAUUUUCUCGUGUUCAGUAACUUCAAGUGCAAGUUAUGAUUAUGAAUAGGUGAAACAACCAAUCGACUAUCUGCACUUACUGUCAGGAGACACUUCAUUUUAGUUUCAUAGACAUGCAGUUAAAGAAUUUUUAACCCUCAGCUUUAGGGACAGCAGUCAUUAGGCGUGAAAGAUUAGGAUCUUCUAGGAGGCAUAGUCUGAGGAUUAAUAGUAGCUGUUAAAUGGCUCUUUUUAUGGUUUGGCUUUUCCAUAAGGUAUGCUUAUGCAUAAAAACUAAUUUUAUCCUAUCAUCUAUUUUAUUUAUACUGGCUAGUUGGCACUAAAUUGGAAGAGCAGAAUAUUAGUUUUACCAUGUUUCUAUUCAUGUCUCUUGAGUUGGAAUCAACAAAUGUUGUUCUGAUCAUAUUACCAUAUUUAGGAACCGAUGAACUUUGAUGUAAAAUUUGCCUCAAAUAAUGACCAUGAUGGCCAAAGACACUGGUUCUAUAGCA